GUAGGCGGGGCUCCUGAGGCUUUUCCGGGGGGUCCGGGCCCCCGGGCCCCGCGCCCCUGCCUUCCUCGGCGGCGGCGAGCACGAUGAUGAUGUCCCUGAGCAGCAAGCAGCCCUUCGGCCUCCCCCACGGCGGCGGCGGCGGCGGCCUCCACGAAGCCAAGUACUCGGCCCUGCACAGCGCCUCGCCCUGCCCCUCCGCCGCCGCCCCCGCCGCCAGCCCCCCCAGCAGCACCGGCACCGGCGGCUCCGCCGCUCGCGGCUCCGGCUCCGGCUCCGGCGGCGGCUCCGGCUCGGGCUCGGGCUCCGGCGGCGGCGGCUCCGGCGGCUCCGGCGGCGCGGAGGCGAUGCGGCGGGGCUGCCUGCCCACCCCUCCGAGCAAUAUAUUCGGCGGUCUGGACGAGAGCCUGCUGGCCCGCGCCGAAGCCCUGGCAGCCGUGGACAUCGUCUCCCCGAGCAAGAGCCACCACCACCACCCGCCGCACCACAGCCCCUUCAAGCCGGACGCCACGUACCACACCAUGAACACCAUCCCCUGCACCUCGGCCGCCUCCUCGUCCUCCGUGCCCAUCUCCCACCCGUCCGCCCUGUCGGGCGCCCACCACCACCACCAUCACCACCACCACCACCACCACCAGCCCCACCAGGCGCUGGAGGGGGAACUCUUGGAGCACCUGACGCCGGGGCUGGCGCUGGGGGCCAUGGCGGGGCCCGACGGCGCCGUGGUUUCCACGCCGGGCCACGCUCCGCACAUGGCCGGCAUGAACCCCAUGCACCCGGCGGCGCUGGGCAUGGCCCACGGCCACGGGCUGCCGGCGCACAUGGGCUGCGUGAGCGACGUGGACGCCGACCCCCGCGACCUGGAGGCCUUCGCCGAGCGCUUCAAGCAGCGCCGCAUCAAGCUGGGGGUGACCCAGGCCGACGUGGGCUCGGCGCUGGCCAACCUGAAGAUCCCGGGCGUGGGCUCGCUCAGCCAGAGCACCAUCUGCCGCUUCGAGUCGCUCACGCUGUCCCACAACAACAUGAUCGCCCUCAAGCCCAUCCUGCAGGCCUGGCUGGAGGAGGCCGAGAAGUCGCACCGCGAGAAGCUGGCCAAGCCCGAGCUCUUCAGCGGCGCCGAGAAGAAGCGCAAGCGGACCUCCAUCGCCGCCCCCGAGAAGCGCUCGCUCGAGGCCUACUUCGCGCUGCAGCCGCGGCCCUCCUCCGAGAAGAUCGCCGCCAUCGCCGAGAAGCUGGACCUCAAGAAGAACGUGGUGCGCGUCUGGUUCUGCAACCAGCGCCAGAAGCAGAAGCGCAUGAAGUACUCGGCCGGCAUCUGACGGGCCGCCCCGCGCCCACCCCGCGCCGCCGGGCCCCGGGACGGGCACCGCAGGGGGCGCGGGGCCGGGGGCCGCCCCGGCCGGCAGGUACC